AGCGUCGAAGUCUCGUGAGGCGAGCAGUUCGCGGUACUUCACGUGUUUACUUUAUUGUAGAACACACUUAACCGUUUAAGCAACAAAGAGACUCCUCAGUAUUAUCAGCUGAUGAAAAUCCUUUUUAUUUGUUUAUUUCUGUACAAGAUUUAGCUAAGCAUCAAAUUUCUAAAAUUAUAAUUCUGAAUUCUUUCAUUUUAUGUCUUUUAAUUGUGUGCCCCCCCACCCCAGUUUUUUUCUCAAUAUUUUUUCUCCGUCUCAAUAUAAAAGAAAGAUAAGAUAAAUGUAGGAAUAUAAAUAUGUACUUUAGAUUCUUAAAAAAAUAAAAAAGGGGUAUAACUUGUGAAUUAGUAUAAAACACAUUGUGAUUAAUCUACUAGAAAGUUAAUUUACAAGAUGCAUAGAUAGGUGAACAUGAAGAGUUAAAUAGUUGUGAAUUAGUUUAAAAUCAUAAACUCAGUAACUGAUUUAUCUUUAUUUUUGGCAGAUUUGCUCCUCCUUCAGUGAAGCUCCUCCCACAACAUUCACACAUUCAGUGAAGCUCCUCCCACAGCAAUCACACCUUCAGUGAAGCUCCUCCCACUACAAUCACAUUUUCGGUGAAGCUCCUCCCACUACAACCACACUUUCAGUGAAGCUCCUCCCACAACAAUCACGCCAUCAGUGAAGCUCCUCCCACAACAAUCACACCUUCGGUGAAGCUCCUCCCACUGCAGUUCAUCAAUAAAUGCUGGAAUAUUCCCAUCAGUCUACAAGUGAAGACGAGCAUCAAAGCAUCAGGAAGAAGUGAAAUCUGCAAAGACAUUUAAUUGAAGAACAGAGAGAACAAGAACCCUGCAGAAUGAACCAGACUGAAGAACAAACAGAGUUGAUUGAAGAAAACAAGGAGCAUGAAGAACUGAAUAAAGAGAAGGACAAACAUGUCAAAACUGGAGAAAAAAGUCACUCUCAAACCAAACAGAAAGAUUUAAAGAAGAAAAGAGAUGAGAAAUCUUUCACCUGCACUCAGUGUGGAAAGAGUUUGGGAGGCAAACAGAGUCUUGGAAAUCACAUGAGGAUCCACACUGGAGAGAAACCAUACACAUGUGAUCAGUGUGGGAAGAGUUUCACACAAACAGCAAACCUUAAGAUGCACAUGCACAUCCACACUGGAGAGAAACCUUACAAGUGUUCACAUUGCGACAAGAGAUUCAGUGUGUUAGGAGACCUGAAAACACAUGAGAGGAUCCACACUGGAGAGAAACUGUUCACAUGUGAUCAGUGCGGGAAGAGUUUCACAGCAUCAUCAAACUUUAAGAAACACUUGAACAUCCACACUGGAGAAAAGCUGCAUGAAUGUGAUCAGUGUGGAAAAACAUUUUUGUGGUCCUCAGUACUGAAGAAUCACCUGAAAAUUCAUUCAAAGGAGAAACCAUAUUCAUGUUCUUUGUGUGGAAAGAGUUUUUCACAACUGCAGAGUUUAAAAGUACAUCAGAAGAGACACGCUGGUGUGAGAGAAUAUAAGUGCUUUGAUUGUAAGAAGACUUUUAUUACAGCUCCACAUUUGAAGCGGCACCUGAUGAUCCACACUGGAGAGAAACCGUAUAACUGUACUGUAUGCAGGAAGAGUUUCAAUCAAUCAUCUAAUCUACGCGUUCACAAAAAGAUUCACAGUCAGUAGAUCAUCUUCAGAUCCAAUACUUUCAGGUCUGAUGUCUAAUCCUCACUAAACGUGACACAAUAAAGCGU